UUUUUAUUUCGUUUCGAACGCGAGAACCGUGCGGACGUGUGCGGUUGAAACAGAAACCGAAACAGUAAGCCACGGUGACCAAGCACCAAGUUCUCUUCACGCUCUCGCCGCCGCCUCACCCCUCACCUUUAACCCUCAACAGGCGGCCACCGAAAAAUUAGAGGAGACCACUAAGAAAUAGAAACAAUUAAUGUGAAGCCCCCGCCCCGCCCCCUCUGCAAUUUUGAGUCAAUUGUGUGCCUAAAACCAAACAAACAAACUUUGCAAUUUUUGUUGAAUUUUUUUUUGUGUUUGACUAAAUAGCGUAAGCAAGUGCAAGUUCUUUAAAAAAAAAACUCGAAAAUUCAAAAGUCCUGGAUUAUUUUGAAUUUUGCCAAACUUCAAAGACAACAACAAAAAGCGGCAGGCUCCACUAACGGUAAACAGCCAAGUGAAAUCUCAGGCAAGGCAAAAAACAAAAAAAAAACAAAUCAGCAAAAAGAAAAGAAAAAGCAAAGUCAGACAGAAGAAGAAGAAGCAGCAGUAGCACCAGCAGCAGCAGCAAGUGCAAGAGAGCAAAAAGAGCUCGAAAAAGAGAGCGUGUGUGCGUGUGCGAGCCGAGUGUGUGUGUGACUUCCUUGUUUCAAGUAAUUUAUUGAAAAUCACCCGAAUCAAAAUCAAAUUUUGCAAAUCAAGGCAGCUAAGUUGUUUGCCCUCAAGGAAAGAAAACGCCGAAAAGACAAGCAAGACCAGUAAACGAGCGAAUAAGGCACAUACAACAAUUACAUACUCUUGCUUGAAAAACGCACAAUGACCUUGCCCACAAACACACACGCAUCUGCAAACGACGGCGGCAGCGGCCACAACAACAACCACAAUCACAGCAACAUUAACAAUAACAACAACAACAGUAGCAGCAGCAGCGACGAAGACUCGGACAUGUUUGGACCACCCCGCUGCUCGCCGCCCAUCGGCUACCACCAUCACCGUUCCCGGGUGCCCAUGAUCUCCCCCAAGCUGCGACAGCGCGAGGAGCGCAAGCGGAUCCUCCAGCUCUGCGCCCACAAGCUGGAGCGGAUCAAGGACUCGGAGGCGAACCUGCGCCGCAGCGUCUGCAUCAACAACACCUACUGCCGCCUCACCGACGAGCUGCGGCGCGAGAAGCAGAUGCGCUACCUCCAGAAUCUGCCCAGAACCAGCGACAGCGGCACAACCACCGAACUGGCGCGUGAGAAUCUCUUCCAGCCGAACAUGGACGAUGCCAAGCCGGCCAGCAAUAGCACUACUAGCAAUAAUAUCAAUGCCAACGGCAAGCCUUCAACCGCCUUCGCCGAUGCCUUUGGCUCCUCAAACGGAUCGUCGUCGGGUCGCGGUGGCAUUUGCUCCCUGGAGAAUCAGCCGCCCGAUCGUCAGCAGCUGGGAACGCCCGCUGGAGCCUCCGCGCCCGAGGCGGCCAAUUCGGCGCCACUUUCCGUUUCCGGUUCGGCAUCGGAACGCGUGAAUAACCGGAAACGUCACCUGUCCAGCUGCAAUUUGGUCAACGAUCUGGAGAUACUGGACAGAGAACUGAGCGCCAUCAAUGCACCCAUGCUGCUAAUCGAUCCGGAGAUUACCCAAGGUGCCGAGCAGCUGGAGAAGGCGGCCUUGUCCGCCAGCAGGAAGAGAUUGAGGAGCAAUAGCAGCAGCGAGGACGAAAGUGAUCGCUUGGUCCGCGAGGCUCUGUCCCAGUUCUACAUACCGCCUCAGCGCCUGAUCUCCGCCAUCGAGGAGUGUCCCCUGGAUGUGGUCGGCUUGGGUAUGGGAAUGAAUGUGAAUGUGGGAGGAAUCGGUGGCAUCAGUGGCAUCGGAGGAGCUGCAGGCGCUGGCGUCGAAGUGUCCGGAAGCAAACGGAUGAAGCUGAACGACCAUCACCAUCUCAACCACCAUCACCAUUUGCACCAUCAUCUGGAGCUGGUCGAUUUCGAUAUGAACCAAAACCAAAAGGAUUUCGAGGUGAUCAUGGACGCCUUGAGGCUGGGAACGCCGACGCCGCCGAGCGGCGCAAGCAGCGAUUCUUGCGGACAGGCGGCAAUGAUGAGCGAGUCGGCCAGCGUUUUCCACAAUCUGGUGGUCACCUCGUUGGAGACAUGAAAGUACCAGUGAAUCCCCGAGCAGCAGACAAAGAUUAAAGAGUUUAGAUUUUAUAUAAGACAUUUGCAUACAGUUUUUAAGAGAACAUUUAGGCUAUGACCCAUGUACUAACCUCUAAGCUAUUAUAUAGAAAGGAGCAGAAGAUCGGGCGGAUUGGCCAGUAUUACUCAUUAAAUGGCAGUCGCGAUUUGUACAAACAAAAAUACACAAAAAUAUAGUUGUAGGCAAACAAAAAAAAGCAAACAAAAAAAAAAACAAAAAUCAAAGAAUUUGUAGUCAAAACAGCAGAAAGAAACAAAAAAAAAAAAAAAAAAAAACCAGAACAAUCUAUAAGUUAAAUUUAAAGCAACUCAACAAAAUUCUGUUGUGGUUUCCAUUUCGGUUUCGAAAGGAGAGGUCCGUUUAAUUAAAAACACUACUUGCAAUUAAACGAAAAACUAUAUUAUGUAUAUGCCAGUGACAUUCCACAUUUGCUAUCCCUACUGAAUUUUUGUACUUUCUACACUAACCGCUAUCCAUUGGAUGUUUUAAAUAUCUCACUCACGGAAAAUGUCAAAAACUAUGUUGCGUUUGAGAAAUAUGCGUACAUACCUAUAUAUAGUUUACAGAAAACCUCCGAUGUUCUCCUAGUCAACAAAAAAAAAAACGAAAGAGAACACACAACACGCUAUCCAAAACAAAGAACAACAAAACAAAUUCUAAAAAACAAACAAUGCAAGGUUUCAUUUAUUAAAUUCCAAACAAACUUCGUUUAUUAAA